AGUCUUAGUUGAAAGUUUAAUUAAUGCUAAGGAGGUUAUCGUGCUGAUGUACAGUGUCUACAGAGUCCUAGCGAAAGUGUGAGACAAUAAGGUGAUGAGCGCGAAUUGUACCCCUAUGAAUGCUUUCAGCAAAUUAUUUGUUUGCGGCUCGGACUUUUCACCAGUCAUAUGAGAUUACAACACACGUGAAAAUGUUUCAAAUAAUUAAUUGGUGAUGGUUUUAUGGUGUGAAAUUUUAUUCAUUUGUGCCGAUUUGUUGUCGAUUUGUUUUGUGGUUUAGUGUAUUUAUUGCUAUCACCUUUCGCAAGUUUGAAUUUUUUUGCCGGGCAACAUGCAUCACGUGACAUGUACUUUACCCGUUAUGUCGGAGUGCGCGCUACCGCAAACUACAGCCUGUUCGGCGGAGAAUGAGCUGAAUAUGGUGGGCAACUGCUAUUACAAUUCGGAAUACUGGAAUACCUACGCAACCUACACGAACCCGAUGAAGCAGAUUGAAGCCUGCAUUCAAACCGCUGGCAAGGAGAGAUCAUCAUACAAACCCUUAGAACAAAUAGAAUUAGUGGCACAUAAUAAUGAGUUGACAGAAACGGAAACUACCACCAUACGCAAUGGCUCGCCACCUAAAAAGGCGAAAACGAAAAAAACCACUGAGAAGGCCGAACAUACAGUUCAUCCGUCUUUGCUGCAAGCUGUGGUCGCUCUCGAGACGAAGCAACUUUGGGAUAAGUUUCACGAACAAGGAACUGAAAUGAUUGUUACCAAAACUGGAAGGCGAAUGUUUCCCACAUUUCAGGUUCGCAUAUGCGGGUUAGACCCGCAAGCUACAUAUAUUAUGAUGAUGGAUUUUGUGCCCGUUGACGAUAAACGCUAUCGAUAUGCAUUCCAUAGUUCUAGUUGGGUUGUUGCAGGAAAAGCGGAUCCUGUUUCGCCGCCACGUAUACAUGUCCACCCGGACUCUCCAGCUCCAGGCGCGACGUGGAUGAAGCAAGUCAUCUCGUUCGACAAACUCAAACUUACCAAUAACCAGUUGGACGAAAAUGGCCAUAUAAUCCUCAACUCGAUGCAUAGGUACCAGCCGCGGUUUCACAUCGUCUACCUGCCGCCCAAAAAUAAUUCCCUGGAUGAGCAGGAACACGCCAGCCACUUUCGCACAUUUGUAUUCCCGGAGACAUCGUUCACGGCGGUGACGGCGUACCAGAACCAACGGGUGACACAACUUAAGAUUGUUAGCAACCCCUUCGCAAAAGGAUUUCGUGAUAGUGACGCCAAUGAAGAAUCGCCUGACAUCAUGACUUCUCUGAACAUAAAUCAGCAGAGUCACACGCGCAUAAAAGAGCACCAGGCCCAGCAGCAGCAUCCGCAACAGCCCCCGUCGCAGCAGCACCAGCAGCACCACGGCACCAAGAGCUCCUCUGCCAAAGACAUUAGACGAAUUUCAGGAUUGGACAACCACGUGACAACGAUUUCUCAAUCAGCGCCGGAAGUAUAUCACUCCCGGAAUGAUAAUAUGAGCGCCCAGAACCUCGGCGAGAGCCUGUACCCCAUAGGCCAGCCAUAUGCGACGGAGUGCAGCAAUUUCGGGCCAAUUUUUCAUCGCCAUAAUCAUUUGUCGCACGGAUACGGGAGUCCUUAUGAGAAAAUCAAGAUGACGACCCACAUGGGCCAGCACUACAACAGCUACCAGUCCUACUACGCCCCGGCCCACCAGAUAGUCAGACCCAACAACUACAUCGACCUGGUCCCGAGGUGAUGACGGCCUGGCCCCGUGUAAAUUAUUGCAAUUUAAUUUCGUUUGUUUAGGGAAUAUGUCACUCAAAUUAAUUUAGAACUAACGCGCGACCGGGUCCAUGUGUUGGGCCCCUUGUAAAUAGCAGAUGAUAUCUCAUCCAGCACGUCCAUAAAAGUUUAUGUAAAAUGUUUCUAAUUAUCGUAAUAAAGUUUUG